GGCUCUCUUGGACAUUGUCUUCGGGAUUUUGCAAAUUCUUAUCCACAAUGUGCAGUUGGUCGGUGAAGAACUGGAUGAGGAGACGCGCAAGCGCAUGGAGCAGCGUGCGGAGAUGCUGAAACGGGAGACGACUAGGCUGUGGCAGGAGGAAGAGCAGAUGAAGCAGGAGCAGAGGAACCAGGAAUCAAACAGCUUUACCUGGGCAUCCCUGCUCCUCUCUGCCUUGCAGCACUGGCAGUUCUGGGUGGUUGCUGGAGUCCUGGUCCUGCUCUUUGGGCUCUGCUGGUGGCUUAGGAAACGGAGCCGUGAGCCAGAGAGAGAAGAGGAGAGCUCCGACAGUGACGUGGAGGAGGAGGAACACGAAGAAGAGAAUGACAAUGCAAAUGAAGCUGAAGAAGAGAAUGAUGAUGCAAAUGACCCGGGAAUGUUUUUUGAAGAGCACAUCCAGUGGCCAGUUCAGCACCUGGACAGAGAUUGCCAGACUGUGAGGGACCUUAUGGAAACUUUCAUCCUUGUCUUCCAGUAUAUCUUGUCAAAUACUAGUUUCCCAGUGCUGGAAAAUGCCAUCGAGGUGGGCAGUGCCUUUGAAGGGUGGAGUCCCCGUGAGGAAGACAUCACCUACCGCCUGCUUGUGCCCCUGAAACCCCCCCGUGGACACAUCUUCCACCUGGAGCCGGGCCCCGUGUGGCUGGCGAGGAACUUUCGCAUCCGCGUGGAGUUGGUGUGCACCUGUGAGACGGAGCAGCCGGUAGGAGAGACACGUUGCUUUCUCCAUGACCUCGAGCAGGACCAGAGGAGGAAUGCAAGCUUCAGCACCCUAGACGACCUCUGCACUGACUCCUACCUAGAUGUGCAGAAAAUUGCUCGCUAUUUCCAGAUGUUUGUGAGACAUUCCUGGAGGGCUCUGCCUAUUUCAGCUGCACACCGUCUAACAGUGCUGCCCGCCGACCGCUCCUGCAAAUUCUGUGUGACACGAGGCUGGGAGAAAAGGAUUUUAAUUGAGUUUUUUUUUGGGGUGCAAGAAGGCACCUCGGACAUCUUCGUGAGCAGCCAGUAUACAGAGGCUGCCUACACCCCAAGCACAAUGUGGCCAGAGACCUACGCUGUGGCAGAGAUUAAGUUCUUCAGUUAUAUCGCCAGACAUGCACAGCCUGACACCUACCACCUCAGAUGCCUGCAGGUCUGCGUCCGCUGCCUGCUGGGCAGAGACUUUUCCACCUACACAUUGAAGACCGUUGUGAUGCACCUGCUGACCACUAUACCCCUGUCAGACUGGCGCAGGAGGCAUUUCUGGGAACAGCUGAACGACAUCCUGCAGUACCUGCAGAGCUGCCUGGAGAAGAAACAACUGAACCACUUCUUCAUUGGCAAUGAGAAUGUGCCUGAGGAGAUCAUCUUGCCCCUGGAAUUGCGAGUGGCUGAACCAGUCAACCUCUUCCAGCACCUGGCGCAGAAUCCCGACAUCCAUGAGCACGCACAGCUUGAGUUUGAGGAGUUGCGAAGUCGGCUUCAGAGACUGGUUCUCCACGGACGCUGAAAGAGGUCUUCCUGCACAGAGCUGUGUUUGCGCAGGUCACAGCUGCUGGCAGCUGAACGUAUCUUCCAGGAAGCAAAAAGAGAGGAGAAUGCAGGGCACAGAAAGGAAAGGGAACACCCUGCGCAGCAGCCCUCUGCCAAAAGUGGCAGCGUUCCCCUCUCGAUGGUCUCUCCAGCACAGCAGCCAGUGAUGACAAAGAGGAUUGUCAUCCUGUUUUCCCCUCUCACUGUCAGGGCCUUGGUGGCGAUUUCACAUUGGCCCAGAUACUCUUGCUGGGAGCUCUGGUGGGGCAGGGACCAAGCGAGAGGCACCGCUCCAUGUGCCUCUAUGUGUCUGUCCUCUGGGGUCUGGGGGACACUCUGCCCACCCCAGACACUCCCUGGGGAGCUGGCGCCACAGAACCGAGCGCGCUGGACACGAGGAACACACUGAUCAGUCGGCAGCGGGAACUGGUGCCGUGCCUUUCCUGCCCAGCAAAAGCACACACUGGGGAGUGGGAAACAAUGCAGCUGAAGAGGCCGUCAUGAGGAGGCUUGUGACAGGGACUCCGUUACCACCCGCACAGCGACUCCACCCCUGACUUUGAGAGUGUCCAUUCCUUCUGGGAGCUUUGUGCAGAGUUUCCAAUCAAAUUGUGUUUGAGCAAAUGCUGCAUCUGUGAGUGUCUGUGCAUCAUUUUUUUGAGGAACACUGGCAUAGGGUGCAGGUUCUCACAGAAGACAUCCCUGUAAUCCCUGGCUACCAAAAGCUUGCCACACGAAGGCAAUAAAGUGCUGAGCUGCUGCAGAAUCAGGGAGCAUUUUGCAGAAGAGCUGAUGUGGCGGGCUCUGGUUUCAUGAUUCACUUGGCUUUGACUUCCCAGGUGUUGCGGGUUCAUCCCAGCAGGCAGCUUGGCAUCACACAGCUGCUCAAGCCCUUUCCUCCCAUGGCACGGUGGAGAGAAUCUGAGGGCUAAAAGUGGGAAAACUUGUGCAUGUUGAGCUAAGACAGCUUACAAGGUAGAGCUACAUGCCCCGGCGUAGCAAAGUCAAUAAUUCAUUCACUCUUGCCCUGGUCUGCCGGAAGACCUGCAUUUUCAGGAAAUGUUCUUCCUCCUUGCACCUUGCACUUUCAGGAAACAUCCUGGCCUUGCAUGGCUUUCUGGUUAUUAUCAUAGAAUCAUAGAAUAUCUCGACUUGGAAGGGACACAGAAGAAUCAUCAAUUCCAACUCCCAGGUUCUCAUAGGACUACCUAAAAUUAAACCAUUUGUCUAAGAGUGUCAUCCAGACACUUCUUGAAGUCCAACAGCCUCAGUGCUUUGACCCCUUCCCUGGGAAGCCAGCUGCAGCUGCCCUCCACUCACUUAGGGAAGAACUUUUUGUAAUGUCCCAUCUGAAUUUCCCCUAACGCAGCUUCAUUUGAUUUCCUCGUGUCCUAUUGCUGGUCACCAGAGAGAGGAGGUCUGUACCUCCCCCUCCACUGCCCCCUUUGAGGAAUGUCGUGGAGGCACCCCAAAAGUCAGUCUAGGCAGAAAACAAGUUCUAAGCCACACUUUAUUCUAGCCAGAAAACUAUAGCAAAGGAAGUGAUUAGAGACAGGUUUUAUACAAAUGACUUAGCACUCCAACAACAUCAAACACAGACUGGGGUAUCAGCUGAGGAGAUUAUUGGGGUGUGACAAUGUUCAGCCACAGGGUGGUGUAAGAGUCGGUUUGAAGAACAGUAUUUGCCUGAAGAUCGUCAUCAGGGACUUGUAGAACAGAUGGCCUGGUAGAAAGAAUUGGACAAUGACUUGGAGAGGGGCCUGAGGAAAAGAAUUGUGUUA